AAACCAAACCAUUCGAGAGGAAGUCUAAACUCAUUGAACCGGAUGAGAAAGCCAUCACAAAUAAAAGUUUUUUGGACUUACGGUACCAAAACAAGCCAUAUUGUCUUCCAUUUGCAUGGUUAAAGUUAUGGGGGAAAAAAAACAAUUGAUGUUUACGAAAAGGGGAAAUAAAUAGUUUGUUACUCACAACUUAUACAUUCCAGAUGUUCUUGGUCAUUUCCCUUGUAUUGAUCAGGACUAAGUUUCGUAAACACUAUGUUACUCACAACUUCUCUCUUUGUAGAAAAUUAGAGCCAGGCCUUCAAGGAAAUUUGUGUCUAAUUCAACCACCGACAAAAUGGCUGGCAUGGCGGCGGCACAUAGUUUGAUUGGAGAAACCAAUGCUCUUCUAGGCAAGCCAAAUCACAUGAAACCAUCUCUCAUAGAAGCAGGGGCUCGUCUUUUUGUCACUAGGUUCCUUGGAACUUAUAUCUCAGCUGGAUGUUUAAUUUUAUUGGAGGAAGGGGACACAAUAUUGACCUUUGAAGGAGACAAGAGAAAGUGUUCUAUGAAAAUAGUUCUUAAAGUUCAUAAUCCCCAGUUUUAUUGGAAGAUUAUGACACGGGCUGAUUUAGGCCUUGCUGAUGCAUAUAUUGAUGGGGAUAUUUCUUUCACCGAUGAAAAUGAAGGUCUUCUAAACCUCUUUUUGAUUCUUAUUGCCAGCAGAGAGUCAAAGUCCUCUAUCUUGAAAUUGAAUAAGAGAAGGGGUUGGUGGACACCAUUGAUAUUUACGGCUGCUAUAGGAUCUGCAAGCUAUUUUUUGAAGCAUUGUUCAAGGCAAAAUACGCUUACACAGGCACGCAGGAACAUCUCUCGUCAUUAUGAGCUGAGUAAUGAACUUUUUGCUCUGUUCCUGGACGAAACAAUGACAUACUCCACCGCUGUAUUUAAGAAGGAAGAUGAGGACUUAAAGGUUGCGCAGCUGAGAAAAAUGUCUACUUUAAUUGGAAAGGCAAGAAUUAAUGAGAGGCAUGAAGUUCUUGAUAUUGGGUGUGGCUGGGGAAGCUUUGGUAUUGAAGUUGUCAAUCGAACUGGAUGCAAAUACACUGGCAUCACUUUGUCUAAUGAGCAACUAAAACUUGCGGAAAAGAAAGUGAAAGAUGCUGGCCUUCAGGACCGCAUUAAGUUUCUUCUUUGUGAUUACCGCCAAUUGCCAGAUUCCUACAAAUAUGACAGAAUUAUAUCCUGUGAGAUGAUAGAACAUGUCGGCCAUGAAUAUAUGGAAAAGUUUUUUGGUUGCUGUGAAUCAUUAUUAGCAGAAGACGGGCUUUUUGUUCUGCAGUUCAUAUCAAUACCAGACGAACGUUACGACGAGUACAGGCGAAGUUCGGAUUUUAUAAAGGAAUAUAUAUUUCCCUGUGGAUGCCUACCUUCAUUGAGCAGGAUAAUAUCAGCCAUGGCUAACGCAUCCAGACUCUGCGUUGAGCAGGUGGAGAACAUAGGAAUUCAUUACUACCAAACACUCAGAUGUUGGAGAAAAAAUUUAAUGGACAACAAGAGUUUCAACAUGUCCCACACGCCUAAGUCACUGCCCAAGGAAUGACAUGCUGACUUUGGAAGCUUGAGGAAGCAAGCACAUUAAUUGAACUUUGACUAAUGUGACAAGCAAGUGGGCUAGACCCUUUAGGUGCCACGAACCCAGCAGGUGCUGCAUUAGUCCUGCACUGAAAAUUGCUUAGAAUUUUUUAUUAGUUAAAGAAACAAAGCCAUCACAGAGCGCAUUGUCAAUUAGUUUCUACAAAGUAAAAAAAUGUCGAUGCAAAUUUGAAUGUGCAAGAUGCUCCUCUAGUAAUUUUAGUUGUUUAUAGGAUUUACUAAACAUUUAAUUGGAUACCCUUGAAACUUGCCAUGAAUGUUAGACAUAAAUUAAUAACCAAGUUUUUGUAACAUAUAUUUCAAAAUUUAUUUUCGUUACAGGUUGAUGAAGACUAGGACAUGCAUAAGUUUUUGUUACUUUAUAGUAGAAUAGAAGAGAUGAGAAAGAACAAGUUUUUUAUGAGAAUGUGUAAUUGAAACUAUUAUCUGGCAAAUUAUGAUUAUUCUACAUUUUGAAACUGAUUAUGAUAUCAAGCUAAUUACAAA